AGAAAAGUUGUUGUAAACAAACGCACAUACAGAUAAACAGAAGUCUGACUCGUUUCUUUGGCGUAUAUUUGUGUUUAGUGAGUUAAAACAUGCCGUUUCUUGGACAGGACUGGCGCUCGCCUGGUCAGAACUGGGUUAAAACUGAGGAUGGCUGGAAGAGAAGCACGAAGGAGGAGAACGAGACGAAUAAUAACAACGUGUCCGAACUGAAGAGCCAUGACAACCAAGAGGAUAACUACAAGGAGAACUUGCUUCUGUCCAUUAAUUAUGAUGUGGCUGCAAAGAAGCGAAAAAAGGAUUUGCUGAACAACAACGCAAAGGUUCCUUACUUCCACAAAGACAAGUGGAUUUACGUGCACAAAGGAAGCACAAAAGAGCGCCAUGGUUACUGUACGUUGGGAGAAGCCUUUAAUCGUCUGGACUUCUGCAGUGCCAUCAAGGACACCAGGCGGUUUAAUUAUGUUGUGAGGCUACUGGAGCUGAUUGCCAAGUCACAGCUUCCCUCUCUGAGCGGAGUGGCGCAGAAGAACUACAUGAACAUUCUGGAACGAGUGGUGCAGAAAGUUCUGGAGGAUCAGCAGAAUGUGAGGCCAAUCAAAGAGCUGCUGCAGACAUUAUAUGUGUCUCUGUGCAGUCUGGUGCAAGACAUGGGCAAGUCGGUACUGGUGGGAAACAUCAACAUGUGGGUGCACCGCAUGGAAAACAUUCUGCAGUGGCAGCAGCAGCUGGACAACAUUCAGAUUAACAGGCCCACAAACUCUGGGAUGACACUCCUGGACCUGCCAGUCGGGCUGCAGCUGAAUAUCAUGCACCGGCUCUCUGAUGGAAGAGACCUGGUCAGUCUGGGCCAAGUAUGUCCUGACCUUGGGGUACUGACCGAGGACCGUCUGCUGUGGAAGAACCUCUGCCAGUACCACUUCACAGACCGACAGAUCCGCAAGCGACUUCAAAUAUCCGACAAGGGGCAUUUGGAAUGGAAAAAAAUGUACUUUAAGCUGUGUCGGUGCUACCCUCAUAAGGAGCAGUACAGCGACACCCUGCAAUUUUGCACACACUGCCACAUCCUCUUCUGGAAGGACACAAACCACCCCUGCACAGCCAACAAUCCAGAGAGCUGCAGCAUUUCCGUUUCUCCACAAGGUUUCAUCAACCUCUUCAAGUUCUGAGGAAAUAUUUCUCACCCUCCACUGUUUGUAGAUAAUGUAUAUAAUGUUAAAAGUGCAAUAGAUCACCAGACAGUUAGUGGUGGGAGUUAGCAUGGGAAGUUGGUAUGGGAGAUAUUCGAUAUUGGGAAGUUCUUGGAAGUUCCGGGAGAAAAAGAGAAGUGAAAUGAGUUUUAUAUAAUGGAAUACAUGCAUUCUCUUGGGCAUGACUAUGUACUCAAAGUGAAAAUGCUUGGCUUGGUGCGAGCAGUUUGCAUUACAGUUUGCCCUAAUGCUGCACAUGUUGUUUAUAUUUUGGUUGUUUUUAAUAUGAUUGGGAGUUGUUGGACUUUGUUUUUGAUUAUGAAGGCAUGCUUAAGUUUUUUCUAAUAUGAAGGAGUAGGUAUGUUUACCAAUGAUGGUGUGCAAUACUUUUCUAUCUACCUUUUUCACUUUUAUAUGUUUAAUAUGUUUAUUUAAACCUUUUUGCUGCAGUAAAACAAUAUAUGUACGUAUGUUAUAGCUGAUCACAACACUAUCAUUUAAGGUGCCCUAAUAUUUCACUAAUAUUUGACAACCGCAAAUGUAGAAAGCGCAAAUGGAAGUGUUUUUUUUCUGUAUUACAAAUCCACCUCAUUUUAUGUGCACACUGAUGAGAGGAAAUGUUCCUAAACUAUGCAGUUAACUAGUUUUGAGCAUGAAAUGUGCAACACUUUUCACUGCCACUUGCAUGUUAAAAUUAAUACCAAAGAGCUUCAUUAUUUAUGUUGUUCAGUAGCCAUCUGUCUUCAUGGCAAAGAGAAUUGAAACCUUUUAUGCAGAAAGUCAUAAUACACGUUGUUUGGAUAUGCCUAGUUAAAGAAAGACCCUUAUUUAUUAAAGACCACCUCAAAACUAUUAAAUAAACAUUAUGUAAACAUGCAGCCAAACCAUUGUGAUGAAUUGAAACACCAAUUGUAAGCCAUCUUUUCUUGUCCAGGGGCAUUGGUGGCUUAGUGGAUCAAAUGUUUGUUUGUUUAUUAGGAUUUUAAUGUAAUGUUUUACAUUGUGGUUACAUUCAUGACAGAAACAGUAGUUACUCAUUACAGAAGAUUCAUCAGUUCACAAGGUUAUAUCAAACACAGUCAUGGACAAUUUAGUAUCUCCAAUUCACCUCACUUGCACGUCUUUGGACUGUGGGAGGAAACCGGAGCAAACCCACAUGGACACGGGGAGAACAUGCAAACUCCACAUAAAAAGGACCCAGGACUUUUUUGCUGUGAGGCGACAGUGCUACCCACUUAGCCACCGUGGUUCAAAUACUAGACUGGUUAUUGAAAAGCUGGUUCAAGCCUCAUGACUGCCUUAAUUGCUUUGAUUGUAUUCACCACACAUGUAAGUCUCUUUGGAUAGAAGUGUCUGCUAAAUGCUUGAAAUGUAAAUAUCUAACAUAGUGCCUGACUUUACACAGACUAUUUUGAGGGAAUGGAUACAAAUUAAUGUAGACACAUUUUAAAAUUGUGUUCAAAACCCUUUCCAAAAUAAGAGAGAUUUUAUUCACGUUUCCAAACUUUUGACUGGUAGUGUUUGCAAAUAAUGAUGAAACAAAUAAGUGUCCUGUUUCUUAUUGACAAAUAAUAAACCAUGUUCUA